UUACAAAAUACUCGUAAGUUUCCUUAUUAUUUCACGAAGUCACGCAUUUGCCCGUAAAAAUUUGCAUUGUCAUUGCAAAAUUUGAAUAAUUAAUUCUCCCUAGCUUGUAUUUACCUACCCCAGCUGUUCUAUUGGAUUGUGAAGAAGUUCGACUGUUGAGAAUUCUGAUGAAAAUCAUAUCGGUUGCCAACCAGAGAUAAAAAUAUGUCAGCAGAUUUAUUUCUUCCAAACAUCAGCCGUUGGCUAGAACUAGGCCAAUAUCAGCAGAUAAAGAAUAUUAUUCUUGAUCGUACCCAUACUCCAAAGGUUCGGGAGCAUGGCAUGGACAUUAUUCUUGGUGUGUGCAAUCACCUCAACUCCGAAAAAACUGUCUGGUCUCCCGAAAUGGAAGAGUGUUGUGAAUUUUCCCUGUUAAUGGUGGCUCAGUUAUCAAAUCCCAAAGAAGUUUUAAUAGCUUUGCAAGAACAAGUGGCAGAGUUUGGAUCGAGCUCAAAGUUCAAGAUUCUUCUUCUGCCAUUUCAAGCUGUCCUGCUACGAUUACCUGACAAGCAGAGUAAUAUUCUUAACAUGGUUCUAGAGACGAUUGGAGAACAUGUUAGCUCUUUACCACUACCUAGUCCGGGACAAUGCUUUGAGGGUAAAGAUCGGAUUCUGCUAGACACAGAUCCAAAAGUUCAAUGUAUUUCUGACAUCUAUGAAGCCCUGGCUGAAUUCUAUGCCCCUUUUGUCAAGCAGAUGUCACUGAAUCGCGUUCAAACUAAGCUCGAUGACCAAACCUGCUUACGGGAACGGCGUCGGGUGCUAAAAAAGAACCUGCUUAAAACAAUGGAACAGCCUUUAAUCUGCAUGGAUUUGCAUUUUGCCGAAGGAAAGAGUCCCAGUCUACUGAGAAGAAUUGCCGAAAAGCUUGUUCAUCAUCUCUCGUGCGUCUGCGGAGAUUUUUUCUCUUUACCGGAAAUCGUUCAUCAUUUUCAAGGCAAAUACAAAUGCCCGUCCUCUUCUUCCUUUGAUGAUGGUAGUCCUCCACCAACUCUCAAGUCGCUGGGAAUGAUUUUCUAUCUCGUCUAUGGUGAACAGCUAUCUUGCCUAAGCGUCCCCUCAGUCUACAGCCAGCAAUUCAUUUUUCAUACGGUUCUGCAAUACGCCGACCUUCUUCUGAGGAGUGGAGAACCACUCGUUGUUCACAAAGGACUUCUCCUUAUUCAAGGUCUGCUGAAGCAUGUGGGGGACUCGUCACUUUCUAUGGAUUGUCUCGAUCAUCCCAUCCAUUUUCAGAUAUUCCAAUCGUUAAUUUGGUUGGCUGUAUCUGGUGUCAACAGCCGAGAAUUCAAGGCCCUUUCAGUCGAACUGUGGCGUCCAUAUUUAGACAAACUUCAUCUCGCUGCCCGUCACCAUCUUCUCAACAGUCUUCUGCCCACUUUGGAGCAUCCUGGUCUUCGAGGAUUGGUUAUUCAAAUCGUCAAGGAUCAGAUCGCUCUGUGUUUAGACAAAGAUUUGCCCUACUUUUUGCACGAUCGCCUUGAUGCUUAUCUACCUUUAAUUUGGAAGCUACCCCAAGACGUAGAAACGGACCUGUUGGAACACAUGGACUCCAUCAUGAGUGCGUUAAAUCUAGCUCGCUUCCUCCUCCUUCGCGACAGGCCGAACGUGAGUGGAUUUGCCAAACAUUUGCCCCUCUUCGAAGUCCAGUUCACCGAACCACUCGCCAGAGCCCUCAAGCUUUCCCGAGCCCAUUAUGAACAUUAUGAAUCCGAACUGAGCAAAAUAGGGAGUGGCGUCGUGGCCAUCUGCAGUGUCCUUUUGUCUAUGCCGGAAAUGUCUCUUGAACAGCGAAAAUCAGUGAUUACAUCCGCAAUCAACUCGUUCGAUCUUCUCGAAAGCGUUCUCGCCCGAGUUGUUGAAUGUCUUCAUUCAUUUUCUGGAUCUCCUCCGACCUGUGAACGGGACCCAUUAGAGACAACCGACAACUGAAAAAAAAAAAAUGCACAAUUCUCUGUUUAAAAUGGCUAAACGUUCUUGCGCUAAUACCCGUUGGCAAAAAGAACAACGCUUUUGCCUACUGACUGGAGGUGGAUUAAUACACCCGCUACUGUUGUGGCGUCUUGUCUCACUA